AGAGGGCUGUGUGGUGUUGGUCGUGAUGGCGAUGUGGUCGCGACUCGAGCUGCUACUGCCCCUGGUAAUGUUGGUGGCGCUUCUACUGCUUGGAGAGACGACCCUGGUGGUGGUGGAGGCGAGGCGUGGUGGUGGUGGCGGUGGAGGCGCGGGGGGACGGAGGAAUGGGGGGUUAAGGCCUGCAGCAGCAGCAGGCGAUAGAGGCUUCAGGACUUCUGAGGAUGUGAACCAGCAGCACACCGAGGCCCUGAACGCGACGGGACCCAACAGCGAGGAGGUGUCGGACUCACGAGAGAACGUGCGAAUCGAUCCACACGGGACGUGGAUCUCGUUCAUCCAGCACUCGCACGAGGGCGCCAACAAGGAGCGCAAGAAAGAUGACAAGAGGCGCAGUCGCCUGCUGCCGGGCCCCCCCGGCCCCCCUGGACCCCCGGGCCCCCCAGGACCUCCUGGCCCCCCCGGAGCCAGAAUCACAAAGGACGCUCUGAUAAAGGAGUUCAAGGAUAUGGUGAAAGCAGACGCAGCGGAGCGCCGUGUGGCGGCGCUGCUCCUGCAGUCGCGGGCCGCCCUCCCCGGAGAGCAGCGAGGACCCGAGCAGCGGCGGCCGCCCCCGGCCACGCAGGCGGCGGUGCUGCCGCCCGAUCUCCCGCGGUCCCUCGAGGAGGCGUUCCACUGCAAGCUGGGGAGCAACGCCACGGUUGAGCGACGCUCCUCCGCCGAGCUCAGGGGCUUCCUCGCGCUGCCCUCGGCGGGGGGGUUCGUGCGAGGUAGAGGCAUGGACGUGGACUCGGGCCACUACACGGCGCAAAUCUCGGGCAUCUACCAGUUCUCAGUCAACAUCCACAUCGACGGCUCGGAUGUGCGGAGGAAGGAUCACCUGCGAGGCCGAGACUGCGUGCGCGUCCACAUCUGCAUCGACUCGCAGUGUAGCCGGCACGCGCCCCUGGAGACGGCAUCGGGCCUAGAGAGCAACAGCCGCGUCUUCACGCUGCACCUGCAGGGGCUGCUCCAGCUACAGGUGGGGCAGCACACGUCCGUGAACGUGGAGAACGGCGCUGGUGCCGCCAUCGUCGUGCAGAAGGGCUCCGACUUCAUGGGCGUCCUCGUCGGGGUAUAGCGUCGGCCCGCGCGCCACGCGAGGCCCUGGCACCCGCUCUCGCUCGAGGUGACGCUUCCGCUGUCCGGGGACAAAGAAACAAAUCGGAAAAUGACGAGCACGCCCCAACGAUCGGAACAACCCCGUGGGCUACGACUUCACAACGUUUCGCGCGCACGAGUCGUGUCGACGUUGUUUUGAUAACGCAACGUCACGCGAACUCCGCGUGCUUCAUUAAACAAAAUAAUCCCAAGUGUUUCUGUCGCCAACACCGCCGGGGUUCGGUGUGCGUAUUCCCGAGUCCGGACGGCACGGUGCUUGGAUUAAAGAUGUCUUCUGUCCCUCGGUGGCCAAUACUUGGCUAUCCGUGGGCAAGGAUAAAACUUGAACAAGGAGUGACGCAAAUGGCCACAGGUGUUCCAGUGAACCGGACGUUGUUGGAGCGAGCAGCCGUCGUGUCAACGGGAAAGAAAAAGAGAAAAAGGAACCCACGGCUGUUGCUGCACGACUAAAAAAAAAAGUUACGAACGUUAAUCGAAUAAAAACUGUGAAAACAUGACGAUUCACCACCACUUGGGACUACUGGAUGCAAGUGAACAAACGGAGGGUGAGUAUGAAGGCCCCAGCGACUUGGGUAACUGUUUCGGCAGACGAGAUGGCCUGUUUGGCUUGGUGGACUUUUUAGUGUGAUUGACUAUGUCUGCUCAUGAGAAAGGUCCAAGCAGUUGAGCCCACAAGAAGUCCUGACUGAUGGAUGAUGAACAAAGAAGUCCUGUGCUACGGGGCCGACGGGAAGACCCGAGCUGCAGGAAGCCCAACGUGAUCAAGACCCACAGGGAGGAUUGUACUUCGAGACCAAUGGGAAGAUCUCGGUGACUUUGCCAACGUGAAAAUCGCAAGCGAUUUUGAAGCGACAGGAAGCUCUGUGGGACUGGCAUAGCCUGUGAAUGUAGUCUCUGUGCUGCCACUCGGCCGACUACUUUAGGCCCAAACCUGGCUGACACAACGAAGGUGACGGUGCCUCUCUGCGGAUUUCACAGCUCGCUGAGCAACGUUCAAAAUGCAAGUUUACGAGCAUUUACCCAAACGUUGAAACCGAAAUCACACUUUCAUACAUAAACGGUGAAAAGAGAACAAAUGUGACACGUAUAUGUAUCAUGUCUGUACAAUCACGUUAUGGAAUAGCCUGAACCGUACCCAUUGUCUGUAUUAAUAGUGAUAUGAUAUUCGCUGUAAACCUGUAUCACACAAGGCCAUCGUAUAACUGGAAACAUUGCCACAAAUGUUUUUUUUUAAGUACAAAAAAUAUUUUUUAUUAUCUAUAAUCGUUUUUCUGUAUAUGCUAACUAAAAUAAGACUACAAAACGUACGCUGGAACAAAAGUAUAUUAUUAUUAUGACGACGAUAGACAGGCUUUUAUAAUUUAAUACCUUUUAUGAGAUACGUGUCUGGGACAUUACCAUGUUUUUUUAAAAGUUAAAAUUAUUAAUAAAAUGUAUUAAUAACAUUACAAGGCAGUUGUUAGUCGAUAAAUAUAUAACAUUAUUUCUCACUCUCCGAUGUUUAUUCGCCCUGUAACCUUUUAAACAUUUAAUUUGUACUGAAUAAAUAAACACAGUGUAAUUGCUGUAGCAUGGCAUUCCACAUUAUUCAAUUUAAGCGGCUAACAAAACGAAAUCUGUAUUAUUAAUUAUCGAGGACUGAGUGUAUUUUACGCAGGACUUGCAGGGCGCCCAGACUUCACCUGAUAGUCAUUUACAAUCCACUGCUGGAUGAAGGCCUCCCCCACGGCCGUGGCGGUGGUCAUUGGCGUUGUUUGGCCAGAACUUCACCACGCUCUGUCCGUGUGGGUUGGUGAACUGAUGGCACACGCACGCACACACGCACACACGCACAGACCUGGCUCAGACGUCACUUGCCACCGAAUGUAAGCUGUGGAGAAUUUAAAACGGGUUUCUUCGUCAACAGCGUGGUGAGCUAACCACAGUGCCACCGCUCCUCCACGCCGUGGCGAACUGAACGGGUCAAGGUUGUGGCGAUUCAUUGCUCCACAGCCGUCAACGUCUCAUUGCGACGUUCGUCAUCGUUUGGAGCUUCCACUGGGAACGGAUCCGAGGAUGAGAAAGUGAGGCUUCGCUAAUAAUGACAAAAAAUACUUUAAAGUGAUGGUCAGCAAUACUUUAGUGAUGUCACCUUAAAUAAUAAUAAAGGAGCGUUGUCACAGUGA